AUGGCACGUUGGCCCCCGGCCUUGACCCUCAGCCAUGCUGCCAGUUCGACCUCGACCAUGCUCUUCUAUAUCUCCUUGAUCUCCAUCGCUCUCUCGACCGUCGCUCGCGCUCACACUGUCUCCCUUCUCCCCUCUGCCGCCUCGUCCGACUUCCCCUCAUGUGCUUUGACCUGCUCGGUCUUAAAGGAGGCCCAGAAUGAGUGUGUGCCUCCCGUCGCCGCCCAGACCGAUCAUGCGACCUACGUCUCGUGCUUCUGCCAGUCAGCUCUGCUCGACCAGAUCCAUUUCCCGACCGGGGUCUGCACGGAAAGCUGUCCCAGUGCGUCGGAUCGUGCGUUGAUCCGGACAUGGUAUGACGAAUUUUGCUCGUCCGAGGACACCCUCGCCGCAAGAGACACCACUACCUCCAUUUUCGCGAGAGAUUCGCGCUCCCAGACCUGGUGGACCACCCACUAUCAAUGGGUGAUCAUGGUGAUUGUCCUGGUGGUCGCGUUUUCCGUCAUUACCGUCGUGGGUGUCUGGCUCAAGCGUCGCCAUGACCGGAAAUACCCUGGCCUCUACCACGCUACCAACACGGCAGGAACGGAUAGCGCACUGUUGGCAGCCCGUCAGCAGGACAACAGUCCCUCGCCUCAACCGGGACCUCCCCCACAGGGCUCGUUCAGGCCCGGCCGAUUCGACCCCACGAUAAACACCGAGUCGAUUGCCAGCAGUUCGCGCACCAAUAUCACCGCUCCGACGACCCGGCCCGCUCGAAGUUCGUCGCGUCUACAAAAGGCCCAGCCAGUUCCGGAGGGCGAUAUCGAAAUUCGCGAAGUUCGCCGGUGA